AUGGAGCAAUUGGCUUCACAGAAAAAGUUUUCCAGCUCAGACCUGGGUCAGCAGCAGCAGAAGGGGUCUCAAGAGCCGUCUCUUCAUGGUCUCAGUCUGAUGUUAAAAAAGCUUUCACCAGAAAUCCUGGCACAGAUGAGGACGCCUCUACCUGUUAAAAGUCUGCUUCCCACCUGUGGCCAAGGGGAGUCAAACAGAAACAAUGGCUGGCCCUGGUCCAGGAACCAGCUCCAGCAGCAGGACCAGAUGCCACAACAAAGGCGUGUCAGGCCUCAGUCCACCUCUUUAAGCCUCUUAGUGCCUGCAGGCGGCCUGAAGGCUGCAGUUGUCUCUGACCGGACCCACAAAGGCACAGAGAGGAGGUCGGACCGAAAACUUGGCAUGGAGGAGCUUUUGUUACCGAGCGGCGAGGAGGAGGCGCGAUCCGAGCAGAGCUCAUAUGCUCCGGGAGAAGCAGGGAGGACGAUGGGGGACCGGCUGAAGACUUGUUUCGAGCUGACGAACGGGGAGCUGAAGAGGAAUGUGAAGGAUUUCUGUAAAAAGAACGGACUGCUGACACUGUCGGUCAUCGCCGUGCUCACCGGAUGCACGCUGGGCUUCAUGCUGAGGGGGACCGAGCUGUCCACGCAGGCAAAAAUCUACUUCUCUUUUCCUGGAGAGCUGCUGAUGAGGAUGCUGAAGAUGCUCAUCCUUCCUCUCAUCACAUCCAGUUUAAUGUCAGGUCUGUCGUCCAUGGAGUCUAAGGCAUGCUGUCGGAUGGGCGUCCUCACCGUCACCUACUACCUGUGGACCACCUUCAUCGCCGUGGUGGUGGGCAUCGUGCUCGUCAUCAUCAUCAAACCUGGCGUGGGGACGGAGAUGGACAGUAACCGUCUGGGAGGGGGGCCGGUCAUGACGUCGGCCGACGCCCUGCUGGACCUCAUCAGGAACAUGGUUCCCUCUAACCUGAUCGAGGCUACCUUUCAGCAGUACAAAACAGACCUAAUCCCCAUCCUCAAAGUCCCCACCAAAACCAUCCAGCCAAACUUCGUCUACGUCUUCCCUGACGACAGCGACCCUAACGGCCGGACGGUCUACUUGGAGCUGACUCCAGCUCCAGAGGUCAUGUACAAGACGAGUCCGGGAACGAGCCAGCAGAUGAACGUGCUUGGGAUCGUCAUCUUCUCGGCCACCAUGGGCUUGUUGCUGGGCAGGAUGGGGGAGCGAGGACUUCCUCUGAUCAAUGUCUGUCAGUGCAUCAAUGAGUGCGUCAUGAAGAUCAUCAACGCCGCCGUCUGGUAUUUUCCAUUUGGGAUCAUCUUCCUGGUGGCGGGGAAGAUCCUGGACAUGCAGGACCCGAGCACGCUGGGAAAGAAGCUGGGCUGGUACGGCGUCACUGUACUCUCUGGCCUCUUCGUCCAUGGACUCAUCCUCCUCCCUCUCUUCUACUUCAUCCUCACCAGAAAGAACCCAUUCUCUUUCAUCCGCGGGCUGCUGCAGGCCAUGGUGAUCGCUCUGGCUACCUCCUCCAGCUCUGCCACGCUGCCCAUCACCAUGAAAUGUUUGCUGGAGAACUGUAACGUUGAUCGACAGAUUGCUCGGUUUGUCCUGCCUGUGGGCGCCACCAUCAACAUGGACGGUACGGCGCUGUACGAGGCAGUGGCGGCCAUCUUUAUCGCUCAAGUUAACGACUAUGAGCUGGACUUUGGCCAGCUGGUCACAAUCAGCAUCACGGCUACGGCGGCCAGCAUCGGUGCAGCAGGGAUUCCUCAGGCCGGUCUGGUUACCAUGGUGAUCGUACUGACAUCAGUGGGACUGCCUCCAGAUGACAUCACACUCAUCGUGGCCAUUGAUUGGAUACUAGAUCGAUUUCGAACCAUGAUCAAUGUUCUUGGCGACGCUCUGGCUGCAGGAAUCAUCGCUCACCUCUGUCGGAAAGAUUUCCCCCUCAAUGAAACAGGAAAGCGCGUACCAUCCUACGGUACCCAGAAUCCUCACGCUCACAACAACUCCCACAGCGUAGACGUUCCAAUGACAGAGAUCCACACGCACAAAUACAGCAUCUACGAUACGAUGGGCGACUCGGCGAGCGAGAGGCACGCACACACCGUCUACUACAACAUCUGUCAGGUGUGA